CGUACCAGGAAAUAAUUUCAGAAAGGCCAAAUCUUGGGGAACCCAAGACACAACUUUAUGAUGUCGAUAUGUAUAUUUUAUUGUCGUAUACACCUCUGAUUUUCAGGAUAUAGUUUUACGGAAUUCAAUCGGAGUGUCAUAGGAACACCUUUAUAUGUGUAUAGAUUGUUUUAUGCUAAACCAGGCUUGAGUCUUUUAUUGGGAAAUUGAAGGAUCAGAGAAGGACUUCAAGGGAUGCCAAAAGCUAGGAAGAAUGACUACCAGGAUUGGACCUUCCCGAAUAAAGGAGGCGGACCAUCUGACCUCGGCCCUCGGAUGGUCCACGAGGACCCUUCUUUGACCAACCCCGAUGACGACCAUCAGGGUCUGAAGCAAGGAGUGAGACGCGUUCUCGACGAGGAAAUUGAAGUCGAUGUCAAGGGACUGGUGCGGAAAUACGAGGAGCAUGAUCUUGGAGGAGAGUUCGCAGAUGGGCCAGAAAGACGCUUGCCAGUGAUCAAACGUAAUAUCAAUACCGAUCUACCAGCAGACAAUCAAUAUACGGAAGAAGAGGUAGAAUUGGGACCAUCAUUUCAACACGAAGAACAACAUGAAAAUCCAGAGUUUCAAAUUGAAGAUGAUUUCCAACCAGAAGAUUAUCCUGAUGAUCCAGAGACAUUUUAUCACAACGACCCGCCGCUUCACAACCGCGUUUCAUAUCACGCCAACCGCCAAGAGUCUGAUGCUCUCUCGACCAAGCAGGUUAAGGAAUUCGACGCCGCAGCUGCUCGCGAGGCUUCGAAGCUCCAGUGGUCUUCCCAGCACUCAUCAACUCCUCCGUGUCCGCCGCCAAAUCAGAGGAAACAGCUUGACGCCUUGCCAGUGGUUCCCGCCCAGGAAAUGACGAAUGCGCGCUACGACGAACUGGAUGUGCAUGCCCGCAAAGGCGGUAGCGAUUACCGCUCUCGGAAAGUUCCCGGUUAUGACGAAAGCGACGACAUCGCCGCGCAGAAGAAGAAAGCGGCUGCCCAAGCUGGUGACCGGAUGAGCUGGAAAUCGAGGGCGAGGUCGAGGGGAGAUGAGAUGCUUGAUUACGUGGUGUCGAAGGCGGGGUCGAAAGCGAAUCGGACGGUGGUGAUUCUUAUCGCUUUGGGUCUAUUCGCCAUUCUAAUCGCCAUCGUUUUCAUGGUCAUCUACUUCUCGACAGGACAAAAGUCAUUACCUACAGUAACAAUGCAACCAACUGAUGCUGGCCCGACAGACACAGGAGGAUCAAUAGUCAUUGUUGGGGUCAAUCUUGAUGCAACGGUUAGGCUGUCUAAUCGUGCUUUCAUCCCUCAGUACAACAACGACCUAUCGCCUCAAUAUCGCUCGCUGGCAGACAAUUUUACCAACACGAUGGACGAUGUUUUCUAUGGAAGCGAUCUCGGUGACGUCUACAAUGGGACACAAGUCAAUGGAUUUAGCCCUGGAAGCAUCAUCGUUGACUUCGUGAUCAUGCUUCUCUCUCCGCCAAUGACAGCCCCGGGGGACAUGACCACGCCUGCAGGCUCCAUCGAUGACCGACUUAAGAAGAUUGAGGAGGACGUUCAAGCCGCAGUCCAGGAGGUCAUCGAGGAGGCCGCUGAUGAAGGAAAUCUAGACGAACUCGGUGUCGAUUCGACAUCGUUUGUUGUCAACGAUGUUGGCGUGGAUGUCCGUGUCAUAACAGAGGCACCGACAACAGCAUCGUCCACCGGUACAACAUUGAGACAGACAACACCAACGACAACACUAACACCUGCAACAACACCAAUUCCAGUAACAACACAAACACCAGACACAACUCCACCAACCAUUGUAUGCCCAGAAGACAAAAUUGUGUAUCUAGGGACGGGCGAGUUUUCUGCAAAUGUAACAUGGCCUCCCAUCGAAGCCGAUGACGAUUCUGGUCACGUGACUGUGACGACCGAUAUGACCGAAGGAUUGUGGGAUGCCGGGGAAUAUACUGUAGUUGCCACGGCAACGGAUCCCUCAGGAAACUCAGACCAAUGUUCGUUCAAUGUGACCGUUAAAGAUCGGACGUGUCCGGCUGGGUGGUUGCGGAGAACAGACGGAUGCUAUCGCCUCGCCUGGGCGGACCCGGUCGAUUACCCACAGGCUGUGCAACUAUGCUCUGAACUCGAUUCCUUUCCCUUCGUACCGAACUCGAGGUCCGAAAUGGAUUUCGCCCUGGAGUUCCUGGGCGAUAUCGGUAUCGGGUAUAUCUGGGUUGGAUGUGACGACAAAGAUACGCAAAGACGUUUUGAAUGCCUGGAUGGGAGUCGAAUUGGAUCACAGAGCAAUCUAUGGCACCCAGGUCAACCAAACUCUUACAAUUCGGAGAAUUGUGUAGCAUUGGUGUUUGGUCAAAGACUUCAUGAUUGGUCUUGUACGUGGAAUCAGCCCAGGACUCUCUGCGAGAGAGUUGCGGAUUGACAGGGACGUGCACCAUAUUCAUACAUACAUCUAUCACGGAGACCUUAUCCAUUCUACCCAUUGUCUGAGGAUCGCCUGACAUAUCGCUGGGGGCAUAGAAUUCAUCAGGAACAGAGAAAUGGGCUACAUAUAUUUAUUCCAAAAAAGAGUGCACA